GCUUUCUUUCUUUCUUUCUUUCUUUGAGAAUUUGUUAAUGCCACGCGCCGACGACCAGCCGUUAUUCUUUCCCCUCGUCCUUUUCUCCUCCAUUGCUCUCACACCUCAUCACUAGAUUGGGACUAGGGAGGGAGGAGGCGGCUGGCGGCGGAUCAAGGAGGACGACGAAGUAGAGGAGCAAUGGGGAUGGGCAGCGACAGCGCUGCGUUUCCCUUCCCCUCCACCACCAUCACGUCCCCGCGCUUCUGCAACCCCAUCAGCCAUAGGAGGAUAUUUUCAGAUGUUGCAGAGGAUGUAACGGUAUCGGUGGAUGGACAAUCCUUUCUCCUGCACAAGUUUCCUUUAGUAUCUCAGUGUGGUCGAGUACGAAAAAUGGUAGUGGACUCAAAAGAUCCAGAUCUCUUAAAGCUGGAGCUUGUAAAUGUACCAGGGGGAGCUUUUGCAUUCGAACUUGCUGCUAAGUUCUGUUAUGGUAGCAAUUUUGAGAUAACCACGGCAAAUGUGGCCCAUCUCCGAUGCGUUGCAGAGUACUUGGAAAUGACAGAGGACUAUCAAGAGGAGAACCUCAUUUUCAGGACAGAGACCUACUUAAACGAGUUUGUGCUCAAGAACCUUGACAAAUCUCUGGAAGUUCUUUGUAAAUGUGAUGGAUUGGACCCAACAGUGGAGGAAGUCGGUCUUGUAGAUAGGUGUGUUGAUGCAAUUGCGAUGAAUGCAAGCAAGGAACAGCUAGUUUCGGGUUUGGCGCACUUGGAAUGUCAUGUGGGAUCCGGAAAGUUGCAUAUGCACUCCCAGGAUUGGUGGGUUGAAGACCUUUCUGCACUGAGAAUCGACCACUAUCGGCGUGUGAUUGCUGCAAUGAGGAGAACUGGGGUGAGGCCAGAGAGUAUUGGCACCUCAAUUACGCACUAUGCCCAAACAUCUCUAAAAGGUGUUGAAAGGCGCCAUGUAUGGGACUCAGGUCCCUUUGUGGGAGACGAUCAGAGAAUGAUUGUUGAGACACUCAUCGAUCUGUUGGCGACUGAAAAUAUUACGACGGUUACUUUGUCCUUCUUGUUUGGCAUGCUGAGGAUGGCAAUUGAAGUUGAUGCAAGUCUAGAUUGUAGAAUUGAAGUCGAGAAAAGGAUCGGUCUCCAGCUUGAGAUGGCAUCACUAGAUGAUCUUCUGAUCCCCUCCACUCAAACAAGUGACUCGAUGUUUGAUGUUGACACCGUGCACCGCAUAUUGGUGAACUUCUUGCAAAGGAUCAACGAAGAUGAUUCAGGAGAGUUGUCACCUUGUGGAUAUGAUUCUGAAGGACUAAAAUCUCCAAGCCACAGUUCGAUCCUGAAGGUUGGAAGGCUGAUGGAUGGUUAUCUAGCAGAGAUAGCACCAGAUCCUUAUCUGAAACUUCAGAAGUUCAUGGCCCUUAUUGAACUAUUGCCAGAUUAUGCACGCAUUGUUGACGACGGACUGUACCGUGCCAUUGACAUAUUCCUGAAGGCACACCCAUCUCUGACAGAAUCAGAAUGCAAGAAACUGUGCACUAGAUUAGAAAUUUCACAUUUCUCUAGUUGUUUCAAACUCGGCCGGCAGGGGAAUGACCGCCCCCGCGGUAUUGUGUGAUAGAGAAGACCAUCUCACACCGGCCAAGAAAAUCCCCGAACCCCUGCCCCACCCUUACACAGCGGCACCGUAACCCAUGUGGGACGAUCACUACCGGGGCCGGGCCUUAGACCUGUGCUUUGGCACAGAAAAUGCAGAGGUUUUAAUAGUUCACAUAUAUUUGAUUCGGUGGCAACGAAUUCCAUAUUGUUAGUAGACAGGUUUCCCAUCUAAGUACUCCAAUACUACCAUGUACGUAUAGACAAAAUUAUUCACUCUUGAUGAAAAUGUAUGUAUGCAAUCAAAUAGAAUAAACUUCAGCUGUUCACUGGACUUUCAUCUCAGUCUGGUUAAAACUUGCUGAAUGCCUGAAUCAAUCUUCAAGUCUGAAGAUAAACUGCAUAAGAAACAGCUAGUAUCAUUGAUGAAAAAUGUGAUUUUUAUAUGAUUGAAGUGAAUAUAUUUAGCUGAUCACUGGGCAUUACUCUCCUCUCUCUGUGCCUGAUUAGAAAAUUUUGGCCGGUCAAUCUUUAUGUCUGACCAGAUAUAUCCUGUGUUUAUUAUUCAUGAUCAGGCACACCCAUCUCUGACAGAAUCAGAAUGCAAGAAGCUGUGCAAGCUGAUCGACUGCCAGAAGCUGUCGCAGGACGCGUCAAGCCACGCGGCGCAGAACGACCGCCUUCCGAUCCAGAUGGUGGUGCGCGUGCUCUACUUCGAGCAGCUGCGGUUGAAGUCCUCCUUCUCGGGCGGCGGCUCCGGCGGAUGUGGCGACGGCGGGCUGUCGCAGCGGUUCGUGUGCAACAGCGGCGUGCCGAGCUCGUGCGUGUCCCCGCAGCGCGACAACUACGCGUCGCUGCGUCGGGAGAACCGCGAGCUGAAGCUGGAGAUCUCGCGGAUGCGGGUGCGGCUGACGGAGCUGGAGCGGGAGCAGGGGCUGAUGAAGCAGCAGGGGAUGCGCGGCGGGGACGGGCGGGCCGGGGAGCACGGGCGGGCGUUCCUGGCGUCGCUGUCGAGGGGGUUCG